CCGGCCGGUCAGCAAACAUCUGCUUUUUGAAGCUCUCGAGGAUCGAGCAGGGGAUCAUGUCGAAGGCUGCAGCUAAGGGUCUGGACUAUUUGGUGAUCGGAGGAGGUUCGGGAGGGCUGGGCAGUGCUCGCCGCGCCGCCUUGCUCGGAGCUAAAGUGGCGAUCGUGGAGCACGGCAGGCUCGGAGGAACCUGCGUCAACGUGGGCUGCGUCCCGAAGAAGGUGAUGUUCUAUACCUCGUCACACAUGGAGUACAUUCACGACCAUGCGGACUACGGAUUUACAGUCUCAGACGCCAAGUUCAACUGGGGCACCAUCAAAAAGGCUAGAGAUGACUAUGUGAAGAGAUUGAACGAUAUCUACUUUGCCAAUUUGCAAAAGGACGCGGUGGAAUACAUCAAGGGUCAUGCGACGUUUACAGGCCCCCACGAAGUGAAAGUUGGCGACAAGACUUAUACAGCUGAGCACAUUCUGAUAGCCACAGGCACCAAACCUAUCAUCCCCAAAGUUCCAGGUCAUGAGUAUGGAAUCACAAGCGAUGGUUUCUUUGAGCUAGAAGAUCUUCCAAAGAAGGUGGCGGUUGUUGGUAGUGGCUACAUUGCCGUUGAGUUGGCUGGAAUCCUGAAUUCUCUUGGGUCAGAGGUCAGUCUGGUGGUGCGCUACCACAAGUGCCUGAGAUCUUUUGACGAUGUGUUGUCAGACUCUCUCAUGGAGGAGAUGACCAACGCUGGAAUCAAAGUUGUGAAAUUCUCAACCGUAGAGAAGGUGGAAAAGGCGGGGGAGACACUGACAGUGUCCCUGGCUGCAAACACUGAGCAGGGAGUGGCAUCUGUCAUACCCGGCGUCAACUGUCUUCUCUGGGCCAUCGGUAGAGACUCAAACCUAGUCGACCUUGGAAUUGACAAAACUGGGGUUGUCCUGGACAGAAAGGGGUUCGUUACAGUUGAUCCCUACCAGAACACCAACAUACAGAACAUGUAUGCCCUGGGAGAUGUGGCAGGCAACAAACUCCUCACUCCAGUUGCUAUUGCUGCAGGGCGGAAGCUGGCCCAUCGACUGUUUGACAACCAACCAGAGUCAAAGAUGAACUACGACGACAUCCCUACCGUCGUCUUCAGUCAUCCUCCCAUUGGUACCGUGGGACUCAGUCAAGCCGAAGCUGAAAAGAAGUAUGGAGCGGACAAGCUAAAGAUCUAUCGUUCCAGCUUCACUCCCAUGUACCAUGCCAUUACGAAGAGGAAGACCAAAUGCCACAUGAAACUCAUCUGUCUCCUGCCCAACGAGAAGGUGAUAGGGCUGCAUAUGAUUGGUCUUGGCUGUGACGAGAUCCUACAGGGUUUUGGAGUGGCAAUCAAAAUGGGGGCAACCAAGGCUGAUUUCGACAGCUGUUGUGCCAUCCACCCGACCAGUGGGGAGGAGCUGGUCACGCUGCGAUAGACGAUUUUAUCUCUCUAUGAUUGCUAUGGUGAUUUUAGCCAUAAUAUAAUAUAGAAUGUUAUUCGAUAAUUUUAACAGCUUCUAUCGUAUGCCAAGAUGAUUUGGUAUUAGGUGUUUCGAUGUUUUAUUAAUGAGAAGAAAGGCAAAGAAGUCAAGAUGAUUUGGUGAUCUGGGGCAGUAAAAAUUUCUUGUAGUCGACACUGUCUUGGACCAUGACAAACAGACUGCUGAAAUGACCGCAUCGCUGAGCGACGUCCAACGCAGUGUCUCCCUGACUGUUGACCAGCUCUGGUCGGAGGUCGGGGUUCGUCAGUAGCAAGAGGAGAGUCUCCCGGGCGCGAUCGUUGGACGACGCCAAAUGAAGCGGAGUCUGCUUCCCGUGGGUCUGUGCGUUCACAAGAGCUCCGUUCUGAAUAAGGAGAUCCGCCACUGCCACUUUGUUCCAGCGACAUGCACAGUGGAGAGGUGUCCACCCAUCCACAGUCAGUGAGUCGACUCUAGCUCCCCGUGACAAUAAGUACUCUGCACUCUCCAAGUGACCGUUGUAGCUGGCUCGAUGGAGAGGUGUGUAGAGGUCAGAGUCCACGGUGUGUACGACGUCAUCUCCACAUAGAGUGUGAAGCUCUCGCAGGACAUCUGUGGCUCCGUGCUCGGCCGAUUUGAGGAAGCCUUCCCCCAACUGCUCCUUGCUCAAUCUGGACACCUCCUGCAUAUGAAACCUUGCUCGCUUUCAUCAUUCUAUGGCUAAUUCUCGGCUGUUUUGCUCUUACGUCGGGUAAGAUGUCGGCUCUUGUGAGGGUUUCUCCGUCGGGACCGCUCCUGUUCCACUCCUCUGCGUUUACGACUGCCGUUGAGUCGAACGCGUCGGGAUCAUACCCCUCAGCCAUUUUCUCUUCC